AAGGAAAUCAUGUCAGAGGCUGAGGCGAGUAGGGCAGAGGGCUCCAGCAGCCUUCCCUGAAACAGAGGAAGGGAGAGCGCUAGCAAGAGAAGCCUGGGCCGAGAAAGGCGAAGGGGGGAAGAGGGAGCGGAGAGGGACGGCCAUGGAGCCAGGAGAGGAGGCCGCACUAUGACCCCCUUCUAAAAGAGCUGUGCAUCCUGGCUGGAAUCACUGGACAAUAAUGAGCGGCGCAGCUUUAGGCAUUGAGAUAGUAGUCGUCUUCUUUUUGGCAUUAAUCAUACUACAUCGAUAUGGAGAUUUCAGAAAACAGCACAAACUUGUGAUUGUUGCAACACUACUAGCUUGGCACCUUUGCUUUCUUAUGGUCUUUAUAUUGCCUUUGGAUGUCACUACGACUAUAUAUAAUCGAUGUAAACUUGAUGUAAAUGGAUCAUAUACAUCUCCCACCAACAAUGGAUCACCGCUCCACCAAAACAAUAUUUCUCCUCCAAGAAAACAUGAAUGUUUCAAACCAUGGAGUUAUAUUCCUGAUGGAAUUAUGCCUAUCUUUUGGCGUGUAGUGUACUGGACAUCACAGUUCUUAACUUGGAUCUUGUUGCCCUUCAUGCAAUCAUAUGCCAGAUCAGGAGGUUUUUCUAUUACUGGAAAGAUUAAAACUGCACUAAUUGAGAAUGCUAUCUAUUAUGGGACAUACCUUCUGAUUUUUGGAGCAUUCUUAAUAUAUGUGGCCAUAAAUCCAAAGAUCAACCUACAAUGGAGUCAACUUCAGACAAUUGGAAUAGCUGCUGCCAACACCUGGGGCCUCUUUCUUCUGGUAUUGCUCUUAGGAUAUGGCUUGGUUGAAAUUCCACGUUCUCAUUGGAAUGGAGCAAAGAAAGGUUACCUUCUUAUGAAGACUUACUUCAAGGCUGCUAAACUGAUGACUGAGAAGGCAGAUGCAGAAGAAAACUUGGAGGAUAUUAUGGAGGAGGUCAGCAAAGUAAAUGAAAGUAUCAAAUACAAUCACCCUUUAAGGAAGUGUGUGGAUACAAUAUUAAAAAAGUGUCCUACUGAGUAUCAGGAAAGAAUGGGUAGAAACAUGGAUGACUAUGAAGAUUUUGAAGAAAGACCCAAUACUUAUCCAACAGAGAAGAGCCUUGUCAAACUUCAUAAGCAGGUUAUUUAUUCAGUUCAAAGGCAUCGCCGUACACAGGUCCAGUGGAGAAUUCUGUUAGAACAAGCCUUUUACCUGGAGGAUGUGGCAAAAAAUGAAACCAGUGCCACUCAUCAAUUUGUUCAUACUUUUCAGCCUCAAGAACCUGAAAGCAAAGUUACCCAGUACCUCUACACACCAACUGUUGAAUGGUAUUGGGAGUGUCUUCUGCGACCAUGGUUCCACAGGAUUCUUGCCAUUAUUUUAGCCACAUUUUCUAUCAUUGUCGUGUGGUCGGAAUGUACAUUCUUCAGCACAAAGCCAGUUCUCUCCCUGUUUGCUGUCUUCAUACAACUAGCAGAAAAGAAUUACAACUAUUUCUACAUAGAGAUGGCUUGCUUCUUUACCAUCUUUUUCCUCAGUAUUUGUGUUUACUCUACUGUCUUCAGGAUCCGUGUAUUCAACUAUUAUUAUUUAGCCUCCCACCAUCAGACAGAUGCAUAUAGUUUGCUUUUCAGUGGCAUGCUGUUCUGCCGUUUGACUCCUCCAUUAUGUCUGAAUUUCCUGGGCUUGACUCAUAUGGAUUCAUCCAUUUCUAAACGAACCACUGAUCAGCCAACUGCAUAUACAUCUAUUAUGGGAUCCAUGAAAGUAUUGUCCUUCAUUGCAGAUGGAUUUUAUAUCUAUUAUCCCAUGCUGGUUGUCAUUCUAUGUAUUGCUACUUACUUCAGUUUAGGAACCCGGUGUUUAAAUCUUCUGGGAUUCCAGCAGUUUAUGGGAGACAAUGAGAUGACAUCAGACUUAAUAGAUGAAGGGAAGGAGUUAAUUCGAAGAGAAAAAAGAAAACGUCAAAGACAAGAAGAUGGAGAAAACAGAAGAAGGGAAUGGAAAGAAAGGUAUGGAAACAACCGUGAUGAUUCUGCUAGAAACAGAAAUGUUCAAGCAGACCAAAAAGAGUCCAGCUUCACGGAGCCGAGUACAAACAGAUCAGUAGCCUCUAAGUACACCAGGUCAAAUGGAAGGAAUGAAAGGGACAGAGUGGAGCUACUCCAAGAUGCAGAACCUAUGGAUUUUAAUGCUGACUCAGUUAAUGAAGAUCCUCUUGACUCUGAUUCAGGAAGGUAUCAGCCUGGUGGAAGAUAUUUGUCAAUGUCACGAAGCAGAAUAUUUGAUGAUGUCUAAAUCCACUGAACUCUUGAGUCAUCAGUCCAUAGCUUUGGAGAAUGCUCUUUCAGUAAUGUAUUCUGCAACCAAAAUAACCUCGCUUUACAAAAAUCAAAUGGAAUGUGGGAAAUAAGGAACUUUUCCCCUUAAAAUGCACUUUGUAUAAUUCAUUGCUCGUUUUGUGAUGGGCAGGAGCAUUUGGUUUCUGAAACUUCGACCACCUCAGCAGUGCCUUUCCCAUCUUUUCCCUCACUCCUUCAAAAACCCAUCCCACCACUGCUGCCAUGAUAUGGGAAUUGUGAGCUGUAGGUGAAUAGUAAUGUGCAAGUGAGGUAAAGAGACAGCAAGAGCGGUAAAGAGACAGGGAAGAUAAAAGUUAGGGGUGGGGAAAACUGGAAGCUAGACACUGAACAUCAUUGCAAGUAUUCUUGCCCUUCACAGUUGUUUAUAUGCUGGUAUCACCUCUUUUGAACUAGAGACAUUUGUGUUAAAAAUUUUAAAAGCCUCUUUAUUAGAAUUUAGUUGUGGUUUGAAACCCAUUAAUAUGUAACGGUAAUUUUGUCUUUUACAGAUGGAUCAGGGAAAUAGUUUGUUAAAGGUUAAUAGAGAUUUGGUUUUAAAUAAAUUAACAUUAGGGCUCAAACAGAGUUGUCACUUGUACAUUCGUGUAUUUUCCUUUCACUUUUGGGAGGCUCAUCAAUGAAGUCAGGUCAUCCUAAAUGCAGUUCUUUAGCUUAUCCAUAGUUUAUGGGCUGCUUAGUAUUCAAACAUGGGCAUGAUAUAAAAAGCCACUCUUAGCUUGAAGGAUUUUAGGGACAGAUCUAUACAAAAUAACUUAUUUUCUGGAAUGUCUGUGCAUCUGUACCAGAACUGAAAAUCAUUUGUCAGCAUUAUAUACAUAUGAAUGGCAUUUGCUGUGCAUGAUAACAAAGACCCAGUAGAAUCUUAAGUAUUUACCAAUACUGUUUUAAAUACAUAUAUGCAAGCAUGUGCUUAAUGAAGAGUGAAAAUUCAUCACAGAGAUUUCAUUUAAGACUUGAAGCAACUACUGAAAUGCUGUUUCAGCUAAACCAGUUUUACUUUUGUUACUCUGGAUGUUUUAAUCUUCACUGCAGACAAACUGACCACUUCACUAAUAAUGUAUAUUUUCCAUAGUCCUUGUAGUGCUAAACUGGACCUUUAUUUUGAAGAAAUUAACAUGUGUAGCAUGCUUAAUGCUAAGCCACACAGGUCAUACUCUGGUUGCAUUGCCUUAUAUAAGGAAUCUCAGUUGUUAAAGAUUCAGUUCUUGUGGUCAGUAUAUUUUUUUCAGUGUAAAGAAUAGGUAGUUGCACUUUCAAACUAAGACUCUUCAACAAAUGGCCAAAUGAUGAACAUUGUAUCAGGUAGGACUAUGUUCAUAACAAAUGGUAGCAGUGAUUUCUGUGAUUUUGAGGGAAAAGUGUGUUCAAAAAGUGUGUUAGGUCAGCAUCAUUUGCCACUACAGUUAAUGGUCAGCGUGAUCAUACUGCAAUCUAGUGAGGAGUUAAAUAUUAACUCUGUCCUGAUGUUGUGAUUCAUACCAUGAUAACAAGCUGUUUAACAAGUUACAAGAAUACUUAAGUAAUUAAAGAAAGCAAAGGAUCUGAGUACGUUAAACACCAAGUGACAAUGCUGCAACGUAUACAUGCUGUUCAAAUUCCACUUGUUCCAGCAGAUUCAAGCAACCUAGCACUAUGCAGGGCUGCAGCAUUAGGGCUGCAGUAGUGGUUACAAUUCUAUGACUAACCCAUUUUCUGCUUUAAUAUUUAGUUUAAGCUUCAUGGGGGGGGGGGUUAACAGUGCUUAUGUAAUUCACAGUACCUUCAGUGAAGUAGCAUUGUAAGUGACUUAUAAAUUGGAAGUUAGUGGCUGUGGAAAAUAUCUGAUACCGUAUAGUUUACAUGGAACUGGAAAUAAAUGCUGAAUCCUAAUGCAUGAACAUCUCUGGAUCUUGGCAAAACAUUGGUCAAAAAGAUAUCACUGGAAACGUUUUUCAUGUUGCAAAUGUUUGUGAUUUUUAAUGAUGUAGUUAGCUACAGCUAACUAGAAAGUGUUUGCAGGAACUUGUGAAAUACUGCAUCAACUGAUUAAUUUUUAAUAUUAAACCUGUGUUUCAGAGGCAUCCCCUCUACCACAGGAAAAUACAAACUUGCCACAUUUGUUUUUUAAAGGCAAGAAAAAUUAUUUAAAAUAUCAGAGCCAUUGAGAACUGUGGAAUCUACAGGUUUUUAAAAUACCUAAAUGGAAGUCUGAUUAAUAUUCUAAAAAUUAAUUGUUUCCUUUGGCUGAGGAGAAUAUAUUUACACUGAGAACCUUGAGAACUUGCUCAGGAUUUGCUAGAGGCAGUUGAUUGCUCAAGUCUUGGACUGCAGUUUAGCACAUUACCUUUUGUAUUAUAGAACAAAUACGGAAAGUUUGGUCAUGACAGUGACUUCCAUAGAAGGAUAGGUAGGGCCUGCUGACAUUGGGAUGUUUGAGGUCUGUUUUAGGGUGGCUUUCAGUAUAAUUCAAGAUGUACUGGCAUUAAAAACAACACAUCGUGCCUCAUUGGAAUGGCCUUUAGGAGACAGAAGUGUAAGCUAGCACCAUAUUGACAAUUCUGUGAUGCCAGACUGCUUUGACAUAAGCAUGGGUAGGAUGACAGUCCCAGAAAUUUAAAUCUGCAUGUUACAAAUAUUGUUGAAAUGUUGGUGUUUUACUCUUAACACACUUCAAACCCAAACAUAAGUAUUGGGAAUAUUUUUGCUUUUUUUGCAUAGAGUUACACAACAGGCCACUAAAGUAAUAAUGCACAGGGAUGUAGUUUUUUUCAAGUUGUUGUAAGUUUCUAAAAUAGUAGCAGUACUUGGAUUCAUCUGUGUUGAGAUUUUGUGAUGUUCUGCAUAUUUGUCAUGCUGAUCAGUUUUUUGAAUUUGUAAGACUUUUACAGUGAGAUAAAAUGGUGUGAUGUUUAAGACUUCGAUUUCUUAACACAGGGUUUGAAAAUAUGGGUUUCUUAGCUGCUGUAAUCAUGCAAAACUUGUUUUUGUUACUGAUUUUUUCUCUCUGAUAAUGCCUCAUGGAUAAGAUACUUGUAGCUUUCCUAGAGAAAUCAUUGCUUUGUAAACAAGGAUUGUAUAUUGGAGUCAUGAACAAUGAGAUGUAUAUUUGUUGCCGGUGUAUAAUUGUUAUUUAUAUAUAACAAGGAAUUAUAUUAAUUACUGUCUUCUAAAUUAAAAUAAAAUGUAAUACUGUAUAUUAGUUGAAAUUAAAAUUAACUUUAUUACAUCACG